UGCGUCUUUCCUCUAGCCUCCCACCCCCACCGCCAGCCCCAGACGGCUGAGCAUCCACUGUAGAAGGUCCAGUCUGCGGAUUGAGUAAGCGCCCUUAAAUUGAGUGCGUCGGUGAUGAAUUUAAAGUCUUACCCGCAAAGUUCAUUAUGUUUGCUUCCCAGCCCAGUUGGUGGUUUGUGUUGGCUUCAAACAUCAUUAAUUAAUGGGUUAGAAUAGUUUAUGCCCAUUCCCUCAGUUUCCAGUUCAACAAAACCCAAAACGCCUUGCCUCUCUCCGCCUGCCUCCCAGAAUCAGAAAGGGAUUGGAUUUCUUCUCCAUUCCUUUCGCUAACACGUCUGAGACAGUCAUCCUUGACCGUGCAGCCUCGCUGCUUAGCUAUGCUCAGACCUUGGGGCCUGGAUAGGAAGAAGACCGGACAUCACUGCCCCAACUGAGUAAUCUGUGUCACUAGGGCUUUGAGCCCAGGAUGUGAGCGGAGGCAAUUCCCUGUUUUGGAAGCAAAUCAGACAGGAAACCAGUGGUAGGAAGAAGGAAGAGAACUCAGUCCAGCAGAGUGUAAUGGGGCCUCAUUACCAAAGCAAAAAGCAGCUGUUGGCUAAUUUCUAGCAUGCUGUAACACAUGAAGAUUUUGCAAUUAGCAACAAUCAGCACACAGGUUCUCAUGUACUCUUGCCCAUUCAGCCCAGCAGUGUGACCAAAGCGUCUUUCAAACCCAAGGGAUUGGAGAGGUAAUGUGCUGCUUAGAGGAGCACAUUAGAGGAGCACUCUUCUUUCUGCCUGAACUGGGGUGGUGUUUAGGGGAGGGAUGAAGGAGCCGCGGCAGGGAGAGUUUUUCCAGCAUUGCUCUGACUUUUCACAAAAUUAUUCUGUGAACCUAAGGACUGAUCUCAGAGCUGUUGCUCCCUGGUGAGUUUGUGCUCUGACUUCGCCCUAGCUUGGGCUCAAGGUAACUUUAUUACAUACCAGAUAAAUCCUGUAAUCAUUUUAUUUCUCUGGGCUGCCUUUAUGGGCAGACUUUUCUGGUGGUUAGUUGCUGGGCUUCCUCCUUUAUGGCUUUGCAAUGGACCAGUCAGUAUGAGGCAGUUCUCAGAUUCUUGUUUGUAGGGUCCAAUGUUCCAGAUAAGUUUGUUGCUGGUACUCAACCCAGAGCUUUCCUCUCCUCUCUAGUGGCAGAAGGCAAACUGAACACAGGGCCACAGAUUCCAGUGACUUGGGGCAUGGGGAGCAGACAGCUCUUUGUUAAAGCCUCAGUUCUUGUAUAUGGCAGGAACUUGAAUCCUGAAAAAUAUUUUCUAUUGCAGUUAUAAUUCUAAUCUCAAAGAUUGGUCAUUGGUGUGGGGUUUUUUGGGGUUCUUUUUUGGUUUGUUUUUUUUUUUAGAACAGUUACACAUACCAUCCCCUUCUGGAGUUUACUUUUUGUUGCUGUUGUUAUUUUCUCUCACCUGUCUUUCCUAGGACAACACUUCCCAGAUAUAUACCGUGCCUGGCUGCUUGACUGUUAGGAUUCUGGGCCUGGGCAUUAUGCAAUCCAGCCAGUUACACAAACAUAGGUCAUUUCAUAACUUGUUUUCAUCAGCCAGGCCCCCCUUUUAAUGAAGAAACAAAACAAAAACACGACCCAGAACUUUUUCGAGGCUACUGUCUGUUUCUCAGAUAACUUGUAAAAAUAAAUUAAGUGGGGGUAUUUCCUUUUUGGAAAUCAAGGAAUAUCAGUCUCUCUUCUUCCUCAUCCACUCCCAGCCCCCCCCCCACAAAUGCACGCACAAAAUUCCCCGGAGUGAACUUUUGCCAACUGUACAGAGCUGGGACAUUCCUCACAUCAAAGAACUUUUACCAGAAAUGACUGUGAUUCCCAAGUCAGCCUCAAUCAUACCUCUCUGGUGCCCCCUACAGGACAUCUUGAGAAGAACUAUCUUGGGAAUGUAUUUUUCCAGCCCCAGAAGAGUGUCAACUUGGUUAGUUUUUGGAAUUCUUAGGAUUUUUCUUUUUAUUUAGGGACAAAUAAAUGCCGUAUUUUUAACAGUGGUUAACUAGGAAUGGUUUGACUUCAAAAUGAGUUUCUUUUUUAUUUGUUUUUUUGUUCUAAAUAAAGCCUGGUUGGAAAAGAAGUGCUUUCUUCCUUUUCGUUUUAAUGUCUGUCUGUUCGUUAGGGGCCAACACAAUAUUAUCACAUUCCCAAGGCUUAUUUUCUUCCUGUGUUCAUAGACAUGUGUGUUUGUGUGUGAGUUGUUCAGAAUUGGUGGGAAGAUGAGAGAUGUAUAUUAGGGAUCUGGGUGCCCUUUAGUUUAAUUUUUUUUUUUUUUGCCUUGAUUUUACAGAUGUUGUAGAUUAGGAUCAACAAAAUGCUAUCCCAGGAAUUUGUCUGUUCCACUGAUUCUUGGUGGAAGUCAGCCUCAUGUUUUCAUCAAAGUGAGUGGGGUGAAGUAGCAGUCAUGUAUUGUCUGAGUGGCAGUUGAAUUUUCAUAUCUAAAACCCUGAGUGCAUUUCCAUUAUGAUACUUCUGCCUGUCUUAUUGUUCAGGGUGAAUGUGAAAUUAGGAAAGCCGAUUUUGUUCCUUUUCUGUCUUAAUACAAACACAUCAGAACUUAUAUAUCUAAAUCACUGUUGUGCCCUUCAUCCUUGUUCCUUUAGGAGACUAAAUACUUACUUGAAUGUUAUGGCUAUGGUCAGACUUGGAAAAAUUUUGCAAUGUGCUUCUUUUAUAAUUGUUUUCAACAUAUUCUUUUGGAAAUCCUCCCUCCUAACAUCUUUGGCCCCCUAAGAGUGACUUAGAUAUUCAGAAAUUACCAAAUGAACUUUGGGAAAGCAAGUCUGACAUAUACAGUGCAGGUGACCAGGCUGGGUCCAAAUUAGAGUGUGGCCCCAAGUUCCGUGGCUCUUGGUCUUGACAGUUUGCCUGGGAAACUGCCCGCUCCCCUUGCCAAAGCGCACCAAAGAUGGCAUCUUUGCCAUCUAUACCUUAGCUUUUUCCCUCUGUUAAACAGGAAGAGAUACUGGUUUUCAGAAUUAAGGAAACUAACUUUCUGGUUUAUAUGUUGAAAGAAAGAAAAAAAUAUCAUCACUUUGUAGAUAGGUCUCAUAUGGUAACUUUUGGUGGUCACAGCAUUUCACAACGAUGCCAGCUGCUCUGAUUGAGGUAAAUAUAUCUGUUCCAAACCCCAUUCAGUAAUUCUACCCCUCCUCAGCUCCCUGGGCUGGAGGGGGAAGAUGCAAGAGUUCUCAGCCCUGUCUCUCAGCCCUGUUAUGUGGCUGACAUCCUGCAGUUCUAAAGGAAGGUGAGACGUUAGCCUUCCUGUUGAGCGCAGCACUCAGAGGAUUGAUGGCAGUAGGAAGAGGUGCCUAGGACAGUGGAGUGAAUUUUCCAGUGCUUGGGAGUGGAGUUUCUGGCCAGAAGGACCCUGGCAACAAAUAAUCCAGGAAACCUGAGGAUGGCUUCAUAUCAGCAGCUGUUAUCUUUUUCUUUUCUUCCUUGCCUUUUUUCACCCAAGCAGUGAGGUAAUAGAGGAUUGAAUGGUUCUUUCAAGUGAAGCUGAGAAAGCUUUGUACACAGUAAGACUUUGGAAAUCAUGAGUUACUAGUGACAACUUCCAUUGUGACAUAAGCAGCAUUUCCUCAGAGAAGAAUGAAAGGUUGGAUGUCGGAGUGUUGUCCAGUGCAUGCUCUGUGAGGCCUGGUUGAAUUCCACUCUGAAGGCUUUGGAGGAUAUCCUGGCUUCGAUAAGAACACCGAGUCUUUGCAUUGUAUUGGUGUUGGACCGUGACAGGGACCGCACGGGAAGCAUUAAGACAGCAUUUGCUCUUAACCUUUCUUUUCCUGGAGCCAGUCUUCUGCGAUGUUGGAAUUUUCCUUUCCCCAUCUUGGGAAUGUAAAAACAGAGAAAGAGCCUAGUCCCCUCUCAGACAUCAUACCUGCCUUCCUGAUGGAGCACAUCAGAGUCCACAGGACUCAGGGUGUGGAUGACUGGGGACCCCUGGAGGGAAUCACUCUGAAGGAGAAGUGCCUGCCUAAGCGGGUGGGCCAGGAAUACCAGCCAUGACUUCCAUGUCAAAGGGGUGCCUGUGGGAACUGGAGACCCAAACCUUCAUUCUGUGACCAUUCAGCAGAAGGCCACAGAUGUGAGCCUCCUGUCUCAUGUAGAGUCCCCAAAGGCUGUUUUCCCAAGUUAGCAAUGGAUGACUAUAGGACUUCUCUAGCCUGCUGGAGUCAGCCCUGUGUUCCCUGCUACCUCUUGUGGGGAACGGGAACGGAGGGCAUGUGAUACUCAGUGAGCAGCCCAUGGUGCUCCAGGCACAGGGUGCUCUCGGGUGGCACCGAGAUUCCCGUGCUCAGAGACCCACAACUCAGCCUGUAAGGAUUUGGAGGUCCAAGCUGAUGAAGGAGGCCCAUCUCCUUGGCUCCCCGGGUCAGAGUACCUGAGCCAAACAGAAGUUCCGGGUAGAUAUGCCUGGCUCGGGCAGUGCCUUCAUCCCCACCAUCAACGCCAUCACCACCAGCCAGGACCUGCAGUGGAUGGUGCAGCCCACAGUGAUCACCUCCAUGUCCAACCCCUACCCCCGCUCGCACCCCUACAGCCCCCUGCCGGGCUUGGCUUCCGUCCCUGGACACAUGGCCCUCCCAAGACCGGGCGUGAUCAAGGCCAUCGGCACCACUGUGGGCCGCAGGAGGAGAGACGAGCAGCUGUCUCCUGAGGAGGAAGAGAAGCGUCGAAUCCGGAGGGAGAGAAACAAGCUGGCCGCUGCCAAGUGCCGGAACCGCCGCCGGGAGCUGACUGAGAAGCUGCAGGCGGAGACGGAGGAGCUGGAGGAGGAGAAAUCAGGGCUGCAGAAAGAGAUUGCUGAGCUGCAGAAGGAGAAGGAGAAGCUCGAGUUCAUGUUGGUGGCUCAUGGCCCCGUGUGCAAGAUCAGCCCCGACGAGCGCCGAACGCCCCCCGGCCCUGGGCUACAGCCCAUGCGCAGUGGGGGCAGCGUGGCGGGCGCCGUGGUGGUGAAACAGGAGCCCCUGGAAGAGGACAGCCCCUCGUCCUCCUCGGCAGGGCUGGACAAGGCCCAGCGCUCCGUCAUCAAGCCCAUCAGCAUUGCCGGGGGCUUCUACGGGGAGGAGCCCCUGCACACCCCCAUCGUGGUGACCUCCACGCCUGCCAUCACUCCGGGCACCUCGAACCUCGUCUUCACCUACCCCAGCGUCCUGGAGCAGGAGUCGCCCGCGUCACCCUCUGAGUCCUGCUCCAAGGCUCAUCGCAGAAGCAGUAGCAGCGGGGACCAGUCGUCAGACUCCUUGAACUCCCCCACUCUGCUGGCUCUGUAACCCCACGUUCCUCGAAGCUCUGGAGGGGUCCUCGUCACUGCCUCCUUCCCAGGGACCAGCACGUUCAAGCGCUCCAGGGCCACGAGGGCAAGAGGGGCCUGCCAGGGAGCUUCCGGCUCUGGGGGCCGGGUGGGACCUGACAGGGACAUGUUGGAGGACUUGGUCCAUCACUUGGAAGCCACGGGACCCUCUCCGUCAUUCGUCUUGCAAGCAAAUCCCCUUUCUUGAAAAGCCAUGGAGAACCUGGUUUGGUGGCUUCUGAGAGCCCGGAGCUGGCCUGCACAGUCCCUGUCCCCUUGUUACGCUGUCGUCUCUGGAGUGAUGGUGUCCUUCCCUGCCCCGCCAAGCAUGCUCAGUGCCUUUGGUUUCACCUCCCCUCGACCUGCCCCGUCCUCCCCCAGGGUCACUUUCGCUCCUUCUUGAUUUUUAUCAAAUUUGCCAUGACAUUUCAUUGGGAUAAUCUGGAUAUUAAAACUCUUCAUUUCUGGAGAUGGGGCAGCAGGUGACUCUUCUGCUGGGGCUGACUUGUCCAGAAGGGGACAAAGUGCAAUACAGAACUUUCCCUCCCCGACACUCCCCAGGACACUGGCAUCACCAGAAGCACCAGCAGGGUUCUCUGAGCUCCCCGGGAAACGGCACCACCGCCAGGAGGCCUGCAGGACCUUUCCUCCUCACCCUCAGAGACAGCUUUCAGAGGAGGAUCGACGUGGCCAGAAGACAGGGCAUGAGUGAGAUGGCGGGCACAUUCUGGGUGUGCCAAGUGCCUCAUUACCAGGCCAGAAGUAGUGCCAACACAGCCACAUGGGUGUCCUAGACAGCUUCCCUUCCCCUGGUGUCUUGAGCGGGCCGUCUCCUGUAAUUACUGCCUCACCACUCUGCCCCUGGACCCUUCUCUCCAGACUGGGGAGCGUCCCUCGGAGCCACACAGCGCUCCAGGCCCUGCUGGGCUCCACCCUCCCUUGGCUCUCAGGGUGACGCCACCCACGGAGAUUUAAUGAGCGUGGGCCUGGACCCUCCCUAGACUGCAGCAGGUGGCUCCUCCCCAAGCCUCAGGAUGGAAGGGCCAGGGAGGAGGCCCGGAGAAGGAAGGCCGUCCCCGGGGCCGGGUCAGUAGUGGCAGCAGUCUGGCACCUAGUCUGCCCUGCCUGCCCUCUGUGGCUCCCUGGCACCUGAUGAAGCAAAUGCUCUCUUUCACCCUCCCCCACCUCACCCCAGGGUGCUCUUCUGGCCUGGCCAGCAAGCUGCACUCGGCUAGCCACACACUGGGGUUUGGAGCUUAUGUGCCACUCUGGCUGUCUGUCGAAUCUUUCUAGCUGCUGAAAUCAGAGCUAGGAUGUGUGGCUUCCGGCUGCAGGAGAGCUGUCCCUUUCCCUUGCAUCCCCUCACCUCCGGCAGGAGCACAGUUCAGCGUGGCCCUGCCCCAACCUGAGCCUUGCCUCCCCAUUGCAUGGCGACACCUGUCCUCGGAAGUGGCUUCUCCUCCACCUGCCUCCGAGGGGAUCCAGCUCUAGAGAUCAGUGUCCAGCCAUAUAAAGUGGUAUCAAUGUUAUUUAAACCAAGGCCAGUGGCUCUUAAAUUUCCAACUCUGGAGAGAGCAGAGACAGCUUCUCAGACCUGUUCCUUUCACACUUCUAGGUCUGCACUAGAAAGAAUGGAAGAGCCAUAUGCUUAAAAUACAAAGCCCAGCAGGAUUGGAAGUGGCUUACGCAAGGGUCAGCCACCUAGAGAGAGGAGAGUUUAAAAAAAAAAAAAGAUUUUUUUCAAAAUACUUUGAACACAUUCUUUCCCAUGUUCCUUGGCUGCCUUCUGGCUUCCAAGGGCCUCUGGGAGGGGCGCUCCUGAGAAGACUGACCAGUUGGCUUUCUGAUCUCAGAUUAAUCAAGCCAGAGGCAGCCAGGAGUAGAAAGAGGUGGGUGAAGAAAACUGGGUGCUUUGAGCUUGGGAAGGCUUAAUCAUCUCAAGUGGUAUUUGUAGCCAGGUGGGAGUUAUUUGCUUCUUUUGCAUAUAGAUAUAUCUUAAACGAAGCUGUUUUCUGACCUUUUCUUUCUAAAAGCCCCUUUAUGCCCCACUCUGUGUUGCAUGGAUCCCAUGCAGGUCAGUCUGUGACUUGGAUCCAAGACAGACAUUCCUGAGCCUGAAUUUGGCUCAGUUCAGAUUGCAAGCUCCACUGGUAUUGGAACCAGCCAGCCCUCGGGACUUAAGAGGCCUCUGAUUUGCAGCCCUUCUCGAACCUCUUGCUUUAUCCCAGGAGGAUGUUUGGCUUCCCCAGAGCCAGAGGUUACGAGGGGAAGGCUGAAUAUUCACACCUGAGUCAUGAGCGCAUCCUCAGUUCUCAUCCUCCUGGCUUGCUCUCCAAGUUCACUUGCAUACACAUCCUCACUCCAGCAUCACCAGAUGCCCGGCCUGCUGUUCCAUCCUCCAUUGUUCCAGCUAAGGGAACAGCUGAAGUGGGGAUUCCUUUGUGCUUGGGCGAGGAACUGCUGUACCUCCCGGUGAACCCAGCCACAAGGCAGCUGUGUGGACUCCUGCUGGGCUGCACGCAGCUCUGGGACGUGCACUGCAGGCACUGCUGCUCCAUUGGCUAGUGUGAGACAGGCCUCGUGGCCACCUGGCUGGCCUCUCUGGGAACAGUCCUCCCCUUGGCUGGGUGGCUGGGGACAGCUGCUGACACAGGAAAGAGAGCAGAUCCCAGGUGAUGCUUAGGAAAUUUCCAGAGCCAGCUCCAAGCAGAGCAUUGCCUGGGGGUGGAGGUGGUUGUGAAAGAGUCACCAUUCUGUUCCCACUGUGGCCAGUCCAACAAGCAUCUCAAAGCCAAGAGCCACCAGGGGCUGCUGCUUCUCUUAGCCUUUGGGGAAAGGAGUCUCUCACUUCCCACUCGACUCUAAGGCUCAUGAGGGGCCACCUGUCUGGAGCAUGGGAGCUCAUUUCUCCCUUUCCCUGUUGACCAACAGUGCUCCUUACAAUCUCACCAUGGAAGUUUCAGGUCGAUUUCCUUCCCGGAUCAGACGUCCAUGAGGCCCCUUAAGGAAAAGAAGAAGCACCUCCUACGUGCCAGGCACUGUUAGGCACUUUCAUAUUUAUCCCCUUUAGGAUGAGAUUAAGGGAUGAGGGAAUCCCCUUGUAAAAGGCCCCCAAGUAGUGGCUGAAUCAAAAGACUUGGAGGUGAGAAGGUCUUUCUCCAAAGACCCGAGGUAAGAUUGCCUUCAGUCUGGUUUGUUCUCAAGGACCCAUCCCCUAGAGUAUCUGCCCUCCUCCUGUUCCCAGCCUGUGCUCGUCUGUACUCCUCCGAUGCUGGAGGGGUGACCCGAGUCUUCAUAGAAUUGUGGACCAAUAGGAUAUUGGUGUGUAUAACUUUCUUUUUAAACUUAAGUAAAGGGGUCUUGCUAUGUUCAGCUUGUUGAGUCUUCUUGGUAUUCAUCUUAAAAGCCAGCAUCUUACUAUUUAUUGACAGGUGUGUAUGUGUGUAUGUAUGUGUGUGUGCUCGAAUAUAUGUAUAUUUCCAAGUGUGCUUGUGUCUUGCAGCUUUUUAGAAGGAAACCCAGUCAUCCCACUACCAGUUUGGCAUCUUCUCGUGCUUCUUGUGUUUUGGGCCACGUGUCAACAAAGGGUUUUGAUUUUCUAAUGUUGACAACAUGUUCAGGAGGGGUAGGGUCAGAAUCCGACGGUGGGGCAUGAGAAGGGAAGGGGGAAAAGAAAUAGACAUUUAUUUUAUUAUUUAUUUUAAAUGUUUACAUCUUUGUGUUGUACCAAUCCUGAAUAGAAACAUAGCAUUAAAACAUUCAGUUCCUCUCUCUCUCUCUCACUCUUUUUUAAAAAAAAAAUGACAAUAAUUUUGCUUUUUUGUUUCCAACGUGAUUUGUGACAUGCUGUAUAAACUGUAUAAAAAGGUUCUGUUUCUGCAGGUGGGUUGUCAUUCCUCUGGGGACAGUGGCUGCCAGGAAAUAUACAUUGUAAGUGGACAAAAUGAAAGACCCUGCCCUGUUCCUCAACAAUUACUUUCUCUGUUAUGAUUAAAAAAUUAUUCCAUUUAUUUUAGUUUGUGGUUACUUGCUUUUUGAGGAAGAAAAUAUUUGACUUUGUAUAAAGACUAGGGAUCAGGUGUCUUUUGUAGUGGGAGAUGUAUAUAUAGUAUUGGUAUAUAGUGGAAACCCACGAGCAUUGUGCAUUUGUAUUUGAGAUAUGUUGAUGAUGUGGAGUGAAGUCUACUAUUAGACCCUGGAGGCUAACAAGUUGUACAAGGUUUCUGUCGCUCUGUGGGGAACUUGAUUACUUUUCUGGGCACCUUUUCCCCCUGAUUUUUAUAGUAAUGGUGACAUGGUCCUAUUGGAGGAUCUCUUAUGUUGACCUUUCCAGGCAGGACUGUGAGCCCAAAAUCUUUGUAUAGUUUUGAAAAUUGAGGAGUAGCUCUGCUCAGAAGCAUCUCUGGUGGUAUUUGUUGUUGUUUUGUUCUAUUGUUUUACUGUAUGUAACACAAGCCUACAGUAUUUGCACUAAAGAAAGCUUGUUAGAAAAAGCUUGCUGCUAUGGAAGAAAGAACAUAUUAAAACAUUUUUCCCUCGCGGUAUUUUUGUUGUUGUUGUUGUUAGCUUUUCCACUUUCUGUUGAGUAGCAUUUUGUAGAAUAAAAUGAAUUGAGAUCGAA